GUGUUUUCAGACUCCAGUGACUUUAUUGGGAACCAAUUGAAAAGAGAGAUGAUUGAGCUGGGCCUCGCUGACGGCAGCCUGAUUGACGAGCUGAUAGAGCUGACGGCACAGAGCCUCGGUCAGCUGGAGAUCCAGGAACAUUUCAACAUCAUCAAGGAGAUCGGCCGAGGGAAAUACGGCAAAGUGCUACUGGUCACACAUCGCUUCAGGGGAACUCCCAUGGCCUUGAAAGUGAUGCCCAAAGCCUCGACUAAGCUGCAGGGCUUUCUGCGAGAGUACUGCAUCUCCUUACACCUGUCCUGCCACCCUUGCAUCGUGGGCCUCUUUGGCAUCGCCUUCCAGUCCAAUGAGCACUACUGCUUCGCCCAGGAGCUUGUCAUCGGAAGGGACCUGUUUGCUGUCAUCCAGCCGAAGGUGGGUAUCCCAGAAUCUUCGGUAAAACGCUGCGUCCUCCAGAUCGCCAGUGCUCUGGAGUUCAUCCACAGCCACGGCCUGGUCCAUCGAGACAUCAAGCCUGAAAACAUCCUCCUGUUGGACAAUCGCUGCUGCCAGGUCAAGCUGGCGGACUUCGGACUGGCCCAGAAGAGAGGCACUCUGAUACGCUUCAUCACGGGAACCCUGCCCUACAUGGCCCCGGAGCUCUGUACCAUGGCCCUGAUGGAGGGCCAGAAAGAAGUGGCCGCUCCUCCACUUAGCGUGGAGCCAAGCCUGGACACCUGGGCCUUCGGGGUGGUUAUCUUCUGCAUCCUUACAGGUUACUUCCCCUGGGAGUGCUGCCUGGACUCGGACGACUUCUACCAAGAGUUCGCGGACUGGUGCCAAAUGGAGGAGAGACCCAACACUGAGGAGGACGUCCCUCCCUUGUGGAAAAAGUUCACUCCGGAGGCAAUGGAGAUGUUCGGAAAGCUCCUGGCCCUGGAUGUAGGAAAAAGGUGUACAGUGGGGGAAGUGAGAGCGUAUGUGGAGAAGGACUGGCUUAAGAAGGUAAAUGGGAUGGGGCAGCAGCCAACAGCAGAAAAAGUCAGUGCCUCCGGGAAUAAUCCUGGGUAUGGCGAGUUGGAGGUAAAGCCUAAUACUUAGUGUUGGAUUGCAUUUUAUAUAAUCUAUAGCUUCUAUAUGCCGAGACAGCAUUUCACAUACACAAUCAGUGGUGCCUGGUAUCAGCCAUGUGAUUUGCAGCGAUGAAACAUAUGGUGUUUACAUUAUCGAGACGCAUUGUUCUGAAUCUUGUGUCAAUUCAAAAGACACAUUUGACAGCAGGAUUCAGACGGCAACAUAAAGUCCACAGUAGCUGGAGUUCCUGUCGUAGAAUACAUAUUCAGAUCCAUCAUUUAAGUAAAAGUCCUGCAUUUAAAAUUGUACUUCAAGGAGUACAAGCAAAAUGCUUACUCACUUAACCAACGUAUCCUCAUAUCAACGGUUCGUAUGGUAUCAAUCUCUGCUCUUACCAUGUACACAGUGUCUUUAAAAUAAUACUUAGUUAAGUUUAGGAAUAGAUUGUCGUUUGGGUUAGAAUAAUUA